CUACAGGCCCUGGGAUCGAGGUUGAAUUGCCAAAGCCUUUUUUGCCAGCAUUGAUCAAACAUUCUAGUGAUCAAAACUCGACUUUGAAAGAGUAUCGACUCUGUUAAAUGAGUACACGUAGCUCGUUGUUUCUUACCUGUUGGAAGACUGGCAAAGAAAUGCUUUUCAGCGCUACUUCUAUUAUUAUUUCUGCAAAAAGACAUAGCACAAAAGCACAUUUAUAAUUAUUAACAAAAUUAAUCUUAGUUGCAAUAAUUUACUCUUCUUCUUUUUCUCUAAGUUAUCGUUUUACGGCAACUUGUUCAGGGGGCACUUUUUUGUCAUCCGGGAAAUGACGUCAAAACUGGGUUUAAUCCGAAAAAAAAAUCACAAAAUGGCGGCUUAAGAGAUGGAAGCAUGCUGCAAACACAAGAAAAUGUGGCUUUAUAUUAGCUUUGUUAUUUCGAUUUUUACUUGGGGGCUACGAACCGGUUAAAAUGCUCACACCCCGUAUAUCCCGCGCACAUACUAAAAAUCCGGCAAACGCGUUACGCAGAAUACACAGACCAGCGCACUUUGUUCGCUGGUUUAAUUUUUUUUUUUUUUUUGAAAUUAUAUUACAAAGAAAUAUUUCAGGAAGACUCAUUCUGGAUGAAAACAUGACCAAGGCUGGAGAAGAUAAAAAUUCUAGAUAUAUCUAUAUGUUCGAGUCUAUAAAUUACAUACAUGCCGGAAAAAUAGCCAGUUUUGUUUUUCGCCGACUGAUGCUCGACUUUCGUGUAAGUCACUGAAGUCGAAAACCAACAGCCGUUCCGUAGCUCCUUUAAUAAAUGUUAAAUUACAAAUUCUCACCAUAGUAUAAACAGAAUAAGAUGAACUUUUUUUGAAGUGGGAGGAUUUAAAAUCACAAAGAAAAGUUUAUCAAAAAAAAUUAUCAUAAAACAUGGCAGCAAUCCUCUAAGAUGGAGCGUUUCAAUGAAUAUGAGGCAGCGUAAUCUUUAAUCCUGGCGUAAAUAAUGUGGCACAUGAGUAGAAGGCGCGUUUUAGAAAAAUAAUAAAGCACUUGCCUUGCUUUCAAAACAGACUGGUGGAAUACUAUAUGCAGCAAAGAACAUAGAGAAAUACAUCCGGGAAGGCAAACUGCAUUCGUAACAUUGUUUCGCAGCAUAAAAUUUCUGUUAUAAUAUGAAAAAUGAAGUUUGACAAAAUAUUUACAGCGGAAAUCGACCUUCCCACUCCUCCACAGACACCUUUUUGUGAAGAUAAUUUAUUUCUAAACGAAGACUCCAAUUUAGAUCAUGAAGUUUUUUCUUUAAAUUUCACUCUGCAAGAUUUAGUUGGCGAGAUUACCACAGAAGAUGCUGUGUUACUGCGACAAGAUUUUAUGUGGGGGGACAACAGUGAAAAUAAUACGAGAUCAAGAAACACUACUCCAUCCUUGUUGGAUAAAAAGUUACGAGAAAGGUCUCUUGUUACGCCACUAAAUUUUAACAACACAUCCAUACCAAACGACGAGCUUCACGGUGAAAGAUUGAAACAUUCUAAUGAAUCUUUGAUGGUUAGUGACCGUCUUUUAACACCCGCCGAAACUGAAAGUGAGGCGGAAAUAGAUGUAGUUGGAGAUACUAACGUGAACAUGUUGAAAUCUUUAAUGGAGAAGCAAGCAGAAACAACUUUGAUAAUACUACCGUCAAUGACAGUAAUGACGCCAUCACCUUUACCGCCAAUACCGAUAAUUGUUACGGAAGAAUGUCGUGGCCAUCCUUACACGACGAAAAUGUCUCUGUCAAACAAAUUACAAGAACUUCCGAAAAAUGUAGGUCAAAGAUAUUCUCGUGACUCGACAGACCAUCAAACUAUUGCUCUUCGAAAAAGCAAGCGCAAGUCUUCUUCGGCUUCACCUGCCAGUGAAUUCGUCUCUUCGGAUGAAUUAUCUAGUGAUACAAGUCCGCGACCGAUUCAUCGAUCUUCACAUAACAAUCUUGAAAGAAAACGAAGAGACGAGUUGAAACGUAAAUUUGACGAGUUGAAACAAAGUGUCCCAGCUAUUGAAAACAUAGCUAAAGCAGCAAAAGUUGUCAUCUUGAAAAAAGCUACCGAGUACAUUACAGAGUUGAGCCAGCGGGAGCAUGAACUGAUAAAAAAAACGCAGCUGUUACAAUCGGUAAACAUCGUUUUAGCUCGAAAAAUUCACUCGUUAACAAACUCACAUAGCAACGAUGUGCGUAGGUUUUAUUAUUAAAGAAGUGACUGUUGUUUCAUCCAUCAUAGGAAGGACACUUUUAGCUACAGAAUCUUUGAGUGUAGAUCUCCCCCUUCUUUUACAUAUAUAUGUAUAUAUUGUACAUACAUUAUCGCGUUCUUGAAGUAAGGAUUGUUUUUAAAUAAUUAAGCUACGGUUCAAAACCUUAUCCCCAGUGUUCUUUUACGCCUAUGAUAUGCUUAAAAGGUUCCUGUGGACAAGGUUGCUUACCUGAUUUAUUAUUUAAGGAGUACCUAAUUCACGCAUAUUUUUUCGGAAUGUUAAAUGAGGAGGUUUGUACCGUUACAUUAAUAUUAGUUGAACAAAUGUUGGUAGAGGACGAUUACUUUAAGAGCACAAACCUUUGCAAAUGCUACAAAACCUUCCCGCGAAGGUUUCAUAUGCAAAAAUUUUUACAUUCCUUCAUUUGCGAAAAAUUCCAAGUAUCUUUAAAAGAAAUAAAAUAACGAUAUUUUAACACUGUAGCUACAUUUGUAUUUAUAUAAGUCAAUAACUUUAAGCUUGAUAAGGGUGUGUUUAAAUUUAAAUUAUUGUAAUGACGAAUAAUUGUGCACAUAAAUCUCUUUAAUAAUAGCCGUAUUUUGUCUGUGUAUCCGCGGAAGCCGCGUCCCGUAACGGAAACACGAAAUUUUUAUAAUGCGCACUAAUACCAAAUGCGAUAUAUUUUUGUCCACUUUGUUGCAACGGGUUAAUUUAAAGGACAGGCGACCCCGUGGAUUUUUCCACGGGCUAACGACUAGUCUCUUUAGUAAUAGCCGUCGUCUGUCUGUGUGUCCGCGAAAGCGGCGUCCCGUAACGGAAACACGAAAUUUUUACAAUGCGCACGAAUAUCAAAUGCGAUAUAUUUUGAUCCACUUUGUUGCGACGGGUAAAUUUAAAGGACGAGCGAAGGAUUUUUCCACGGGUUAACGACUAGUCUCUAUAAAUAAUACCCGUAUUCCGUCUGUCUGUUCGUGCAUCUGUUUGUCUUUUUGUUACGGAAACACAAAUUGCGAUAUUUAAAGGACGGGCGACCCCGUGGAUACUUCCACGGGUUAACGACUAGUCUCUAUAAUGAUACCCGUUGUCCGUCUGUCUGUUUGUUCGGGAGAAAAAAGUCGUGUUGCGGAAACACAGAAUGCUAUAUAAAAAGGACGGGCGGACGACUAGUCUGUAUUAUAAUAUCGUAUACGUUUGUCUGUCACUCAAAUGGUACCGCAAGUAGGGAGAUGUACGCAAUGUGAUCUGAAAAAGAACGGGCGAACCCGACUAGCUACAUAUAUUACUUGUCCGACUAGUUACAUAUAUUACUUGUCCCACUCGCGAAAGCUUAUGCCCGUCGUGAAUUCUUAUAUUUUUUUGCGUCGUGAAAAUUUUUGAGAAGUCCUGAGAUAAGAAAAAGAUAACAACAAAUGGAAGUUAUCAUUUUUUUUUUUUUUUUUGAAAAUAUACAAUAAACAAGAAGAAAUAUCUUUUAAUUUUAAGAAUUUUUUAUGAAACUUGUAUAUAUUGGAUUUUAGGUUGCAAAAUUUAUAAUAUACUCUAAAGUGAAUUUAAAUUCUGCUCAUAAUUUCGGUAACACCCAUGGCUGCAACCAAAUUUCUUUUUCUUACAUAAAAUUUUAUUUGAUACUCCAGAAUGUUUUUUCACGUACGAA